UUGUAUCCUAUUCCCCGGCAGAAAAAGCUUGCACACGCGCAUUGGCUCUUUUAGCUACACGCCGCUGUUGUUCUUUGGGAUUGGUCUGUCAAGCCGGAGUGACAGUAUUUUCCUCCCAGAAUUCUCUGCGUGCUGCUGUUGUGGUAGCGGUCAGCUAUGGCUGGAGUGCUGAAGAAGACUACUGGGCUUGUGGGGCUAGCUGUAUCUGAGACGCCACAUGAUCGCCUGAGGAUACUAUACUCAAAAAUUCUUGCUGCUCUACAGAAUAUUCCAAGAGAUGCGGCAUACAGGAAAUAUACUGAGAAAACAAUAAAUGAGCGGUUUGAUAUGGUAAAAUCAGAACCUGAUGUGCAAAAACUGGAAAAUAAAAUUAAUAGUGGACAGAUAGAAGAAGUGAUUUUGCAGGCUGAAAGUGAGCUCAUGCUAGCCCGGAAAAUGAUACGGUGGAGACCAUGGGAACCUUUAGUUGAAGAACCUCCUGCUGACCAGUGGAAAUGGCCAAUGUAGUUGGCAUUACUUGUGAUUUAGAAAAGUAUUUCAUUAAACGUGUGUUGGACAUGAAUGAAAA